AGGAGAGCAGGGGGAGGAUCCAGCGCUGCACCCGUCUUUCUUUUCACUAACUCUGGAGUUGAGUUUAGAAGAGUCUGAAAUGACUAAUGAGAAAGCAGUGAGCUUUGAGCAGCACUGACCCUGGACUAAAGUCUGAAUCCUCAGCACAAACGGCUUCUUUCCUGCAGUCCGCAGCAGAUUUACAGCUGAACUAUGACGAGGUAAAAAGAGUUUCCCUCUUGUCUCACACUUACAAGAGCAGCUAACUCUCCACCAGACAAGGCCCGGAUCUGAGCACACACACUCUCUGGAUUCUCAUGCCUGCAGGAGCUGGAUCUCUUCCUCAGGACGACACACCUUGAUCCCAGGCAUGUGUGGCCCACGGCGGGCCUGUAGAGACACGUCUGGAGUCACUGGAGAAACCGCUCCUGUGUGCAGAUCAGUGACACGACACAUGUGUGUCCCUGGAGCACAAAACCAAUCGUAAGGAUGGAGGAGGGAUAUGAUCUCGACCUCACCUAUGUGACGGAGCGCAUUAUUGCGGUGUCCUUCCCUCAAGACUGCUUUGAGGAGAUGUACCUGCGCACCCUGAGAGACGUCACGCGCAUGCUCAAGUCCAAACACGCAGACAACUAUCUGGUGAUCAGCCUGUCAGAGAGAAAGCAGGAGCUCACUAAGAUGAACACUAAGACUCUGGACACGGGAUGGCUGGACUUCCACGCUCCUCCUCUGGAUAAGAUCUGCUCCAUCUGUAAGGCCACAGAGAGCUGGCUGAACGCUGACCCGCUGCACGUGGUGGUCAUUCACUGCAGGGUACGUGUGGAUCCUCAACAGUCUCCUGAGCGGCUCCAUCAAGAUGAACACGUCUCCUCUCUUCCUCCACUUCAUCCUCAUUCAUUGCGUCCCUCAUACUUUGUGACUCGUGUUGGAGCUGCUCACAGAGACAGGAUCUGCAUCGCCCUCGAGCCAGCACAGCUACUGAAGGGAGAUAUUACAGUGAAAUGCUUUCAUACGAGCAGCCGGACUGAGCGAGACGAUAUAUUCAGAGUUCAGUUUCACACGGGUGCUGUUCAGGCCUACAGCCUUGUGUUUCAGGAACACGAUGAGCACGCUAACAGAGAUGCCAGAUUUCCAGAUUAUGGGAACGUGGAGUUGGUGUUCUCUGAUGGGCCAGAAAGAAUUUCAGGUUCAGAGCGCUGGCAGAACGGUCCAGAUGUGACCGUCGACUACAUGAGCACAGAUUCACUCUCUAAAUGGAAGUCCUACCAGAACAUCUGCAGGGCAGAAGGUAGGAAGAUGUGGGGAGAUCGAGCUGACCACACGCUCUCGGCCAGCAGCGACUCGGGCUUGUCCAGUGCUUCGCUGUGCACCGACGGCUGGCCCAGAACCCCGCAGCCCAGCCAGCAGGAGCGUGUGGAGCUCAAGCGGUUGCUCAGCGGCUUCGGCCUGGACGAGUUGAGCCGAAGCUGUGCCGCAACGGAGCCGCCACUCUUGGGCCCACCGCCGAGUCACGAGAACCGACCAAAUGAGCUCGAGACUGACAUCCUGAAUGAUGAAGCAUUGGCCUCACAGCACGAUCUGCACAGCGUGGACAGUCUAGGCACACUCUCCUCAUCCUAUCACAAGAGCAGCCAGAACUCGCUGCUGUCUGACGGCUUUGGUGUAGACGAGCCUCAUUUGUUCCUACACUCCGGAUACUCCACGCAGACGUGGGUCCAUCAGCAGCAGCUGGUCGCUGCUCAGCAGUACUCACACCUGCAGGAGGAGGACACCGCAGAGGAGUGCUUCCACAACCACAUGCAGCAGCUGCUGCCUAGAGCUGCCGAGCAGAACAGCUGUUCGUCGAGCCCCGGCAUCUCUCAGAGACAAGACGUGGACAAGAAACACGACGAGGAGUUCAGCUCUCUGACGCUGGACAUCCAUCACUCCAUCCAUCAGCUCAACCAGCUCAUCCUGGACCUGGAUCACACCUUCGUGCCCAUCUCCACCAAACCCAGCUGCUUGAGCAGAGCCGGCGGAGCAGACACACAGACUCUUCAGACGGGCAGUCUGGGUGCUCUGGUCUGUCAGCACUCCAUCACUCCUCUGGCUCUUCCCUGUAAACUCAUCAUUCCUGACAGAGAUCCUCUAGAGGACACUGUCAGCGCAUCCUCACAGUCCAUCACCAACUCUGCGGCUGAGCUCCUCAAACAAGGAGCAGCCUGUAAUGUGUGGUUCCUGGGUUCGGUGGAGAUGGAGUCUCUGACAGGGUUUCAGGCGGUGCAGAAGGCCACCGCUGCGGUCCUGAGCACUGACUCACUCCCGUCCUCCACCGCAGCGCACUUCAAAGUGUCCUCGCAGGGAAUCACGCUCACCGACAAGCAGAGAAAACUGUUCUUCCGGAGACACUACGCUGUUAACACCGUCAUCUUCUGUGCUCUGGACCCACAGGACAGGAAAUGGAAGCGAGAUGGCUGCUCCUCAGCAAAGAUCUUCGGGUUUGUGGCGAGGAAAGCAGCCAGCGGUUUGGAGAACGUGUGUCAUGUGUUCGCGGAGCACGAUCCCAAGCAGCCCGCCAGCGCCAUCAUCAACUUCAUCUCCAAAGUCAUGAUCGGCUCUCAGGGGACGUGAUGAACGAGGAGUCCAGACAAACCCUCUCAAACCAGCAUGCACAGUGUUUGUAUAUUUGUGUAUUGAAAGUGUAAGUGAGGUAAAUGAAUUAUUCUCAUAGGAAAUCAAUUUCAACAUACAUGUUUAUGGACAGUAAUGCUUUUUUAAAUUAUUUCUAGUAUCUUAUGUGUAAUGUGUCUCACUACUGAUGACAUAAAACCAAAAAUGUCUUUAUCAUGUCAUUGCAUUUUAGAUAUCUAUAUAUUUAGUAUUUUUAUUUUUACAUGCAAAUUUCUAUUAGCCAAGUCAG